AUGGGCGACGGUAAUCACAUACCAUCAGGUGAUCCAGCAAUGACGACCAUCAAACAAUUGUUCUUCUUCAUAACUCUGAUGACGAUAUUGGUCUCCUGCAACGCAAACAUCUUCGAUAUCAUCAUGGAGUCCGUAUUCGGCAUAAAAACCAACAAGAGGAGCAUGUCCGAGUUGAUUACCGACUAUUUAGAUGAACUAUUUCCUAAAGAUGAUUUAGACACAGAAACAAUGAAAAAUAUUUACACAAUGUAUAACGAGGACAGUAAUGAUAUGUUCGGCAAUGACUUUAGUGGUGGUUUAGAAUACUUAGAAAGCUAGUGUUGCC